AUGCAGUUGAGAUUGCAAGGGAACUCUUUUGAAGGCCCAAUACCAACCAGUUUUUCUCAACUGACUUCAUUGAACACUCUGCGAAUCAGUGAUAUAUCUCAUGUGAGCUCCUCUCUUGAUUUUAUAAGAAAUUUGAAGAACUUGGCUGAAUUAGUUCUACGGAAUGCAUUAAUCAAUGGUAGCAUUCCUUCUGAUAUUGGAGACUAUGAAGAUUUAAAGAUACUGGAUCUGGGUUUCAACAAUUUAACAGGCGAACUCCCAAGUUCUUUGUUCAGCAUGAGUUCCCUUACAUACUUGUUUCUUGGAAACAAUAGCCUGUCUGGACCUCUUCCAAGCCAAAAGAGCAAUCGACUUCAGACUAUUGACUUGUCUUACAACUAUUUAUCAGGAAGCCUUCCCCAAUGGGUAACCGCAAUAUCGCAACUGAACUUAGUGGUCAACAACUUCAUAUUUGGCAGUUCAAACAUAACUCUUCCUGGAUUGAAUUGCCUCCAGAGGAAUUUUCCAUGCAAUCGAAAUACCCCUCGAUAUGCAAACUUCUCAAUCAAGUGCGGAGGACCACAAAUGGGAGGAAUUGAUGGCAUAUUGUAUGAAGCUGAUCAAGACUCAGCUCUUGGCCCAGCAAAGUUUUAUGUAACCAAUACACAGAAAUGGGCUGUUAGCAAUGUGGGUUUGUUUUCUAACCGAAACAAUCCAUCAUUUGUGGAAACCACCCUUACGGAAGUCACCGGUACAGAUGUGACCCCAAAGCUUUUCCAGACUUCAAGACUGUCCCCAAGUUCACUGAGAUACUAUGGCCUGGGUCUUGAGAAUGGACUUUAUACCGUAACGUUGCAAUUUGCAGAAACGGUUUUUGCUAGCCGCGAUACACAAACUUCGCAAAGUCUUGGAAGGCGUGUAUUUGAUAUCUAUAUUCAAGGGAACCUCAUAUGGAAGGACUUUGACAUAUCGAAGGAGGCAGGUGGGGUUAACAGAGCAGUUGCGAGACCCUUCAAGGUUAAUGUGACAGAGAAUUACCUAGAUAUUCAUCUGUUCUGGGCUGGUAAGGGAACAUGUUGCAUACCUGAACCAGGUGAUUACGGCCCGCUAAUAUCGGCUGUCCAUGCUGCUUCAGAUACACCAACUACUCCAGGAAAGAAGAGCAGGACUGGGUUGAUAGUUGGUAUUGCAGUCCCUGUUGGGGUUGUGAGCUUGCUAUUAUUAUUUGCAGUUCUAUAUAUGAGGAGAAAAAAAUCAGAAAAAGAUGACGAUGAAGAUCUUCUAGGAUUAGGCCCCCGACCAAAUACUUUCAGUUAUGCUGAGUUGAGAGCUGCAACAGAAGAUUUUAAUCCUUCAAAUGCGCUAGGAGAGGGAGGAUAUGGACCUGUUUAUAAGGUGAAAUCUAUUUUACAUCAAUAUCUGCUACUUUAA